AUGUCUUGUAUUACACCAACACGUCCAUUAGAAUCAAGUGCAAAACGUCUUCUUAAACGAGUACAUAUGUGUACUGAACGUAGUUUUGUUUGUACACCCGUUCGACAUACAACUUCUAAACGAAAAACCGUACAACUAUUAUCAUCUACAUUAUCAUCUGGUAUUACUUUAUUGAGUGCUGGCGAUCAGACACUUAUUGGUGAUAAUACUAUUAAUGAUAAUUCACUGUUAUCUCUCGAUAAGACACUUACAGAAAAUAAUAAUAAAAAGAAUCUACACAAUGACACAACUAUGACAGCACCUUGGGAAGUAGUAGAUAGUAUGGAUAAUGAUGGUUCUGGUUUUAGUGUUAUUACAAUGAAUGAAUCUAAUAUAUCACAAAUUACCGUCAUAAGUAAACAAUCAACGAAAGCAUCAACUCGUUCUUCAUCACUAUUUACACGUAUUUUAAAACCAUCAAUAUCAAAAACAUCAACAACAGGUGUUAAAUUUAUCAAUCGUUGUGUACGUGAUAUCGAUCGUUUAAGUGAUACAUUUGGUCAAGAAUGGAUAACUUUACCAAAUUUUGUUUAA